CUAUUAUUUUAUACUUUACGUUCAGUGCUCAUUACGUUACUGAUAAAAAUGUCCGGAGAAUAUAAAAACCAGUCAAAAUGCGUCGUUAAAGGCUGUACUUCCAAAAACAUGGUUUGUCAUCGUUUUCCUAAUGAGAAUAAAGAUUUUGCACGACGAUUGGAAUGGAUUAAAACUGUGGGCUUUACAGCGGAUGACAAUCCUAAGUUCAAAAACAAAUAUAUUUGUUCUGUUCAUUUUGCUGAUAAUUGUUCAAGUCCUGGUACAAAACGAUUAAAUGCAAACGCAUAUCCAACAUUAAAUUUACCUGUGGGAAUACCUGAUGGCUUAGUUGCAUUACCUAUGUGCAGCACUCCAAAACAUGAUAAUAUAUUGCAUGAUUUGCAUGACAUCUCAGGAUUUGAUUUUUUGAAUUCAACUGUUGACGGCAAAUCAGAUGAUGUUUAUGAUAGUACAGUAAUUCCUCAAGUUAUACAUGUUGAUGGUUGUGCUAUUGGCAGUGAAGUUAGAGAUGGUGCUAGUCUAACUUGUAGAGCUUUAAAAAAAAAACAAAAGUUAAAAAGUUCAAAGAAACAAAAUGUAUUUCAAAAAAUACAUAAUAAUAAUUAUAAAUUAAACUUAGUUGGAGGUACAAUACGUCGCUUACGUAUCCAACUAGGCUUCAAAACAACGUUAUUAUCUUUAUACCAAUUAUACCUGAGCUGUUUACCGGCAGGCCUUAAAUGUACAAUAUUUCGUCGUUUCUUAUUACCCGUGUCAUCACUGAAAACAUAUGAUCUAGGCGUAUUAUAUUUAUUGAUGAUUUUACCUGGCUUCCACGUUUUAGUUAAUAGAUCUCUAAACAUAAUUUUUUGGCCCGGUUGAAAAUCAUUAUUAUUUUUAACUUUGGCAUUUCUAUCGUAAUAUAAUUUUGU